UUUUUCUGAGAGAGGGGGGGAGGGGGUCCAGCCUUGGCCAGCAUGGUAGAUACACGAUCUAGGUCCAUUUAACACUAUGUGAAGACAGAAAUUGAGGAGGGGGUCCGGACAUCCUACCCCUACCUCUAUAGAUCCGCCCCCGCCUUUUGAAACCUUGCUUGGCCGAGUGAACGCGGAACACGUUGUAACAUCCUUGGCAAUAACUUUUCCUCACAUCCCUGACUCUGCACAAAUAUACAGGCGCAGUUGAAGCAGCACUUUCACUCACAGUGUGCUACGUGUUGUUAUCCAAUACAGUCAAGAAAAUGCUCGACGUGACUGCUGCACUGAUACUGCUCAUCGUUGCCGGAACAUCUCAAUGUGCGCCAACUCUCGAGGAAGCAGUGGCCAACGUUGAACAGUCUGUAGCAGAACUGAAGAGGAUAGUCGUAAAGGGCCUCCCGAGAGACUGCGGCGACCUCUACUUGUCUGGCCAGAACCACAGCGGUGUCUACAACAUUCACCCUUACGAAGAUUCAACAGCAGCCGUUUCAACAUACUGCGAUAUGGAGUCAGACGGUGGAGGAUGGACUGUCUUCCAGAGGCGAGGACAGUUUGGAAAUCCUGUAUUCUACUUUUACAGAAAAUGGGCUGACUACGCCCGCGGUUUUGGAAACCCAGAGGAAGAGUACUGGUUAGGUAACAACGUCAUUCACGCUUUGACUUCAAGCAAAGCAAUGAGGCUACGGAUCCAACUCAGGAACCACACGCGUGAAACACUGACAGCCGACUAUUCGCUUUUCAAAGCUUCUGACGAAGAAGAACACUUCAAGAUUACAGUAAGCGGAUACACAGGGAAACCAGGGUCAGAUUCUUUCAGUGGCACAAAUGGGGCCAUGUUCAGCACGCAGGACCAAGACCACGACACUUACUCGGACAACUGCGCCGUCCUGUUUAAAGGAGCCUGGUGGUACACAAACUGCCACAGUUCAAACCUUAAUGGCCUCAACCUCAACGGCGAACACCCCACGUAUGCGGACGGUAUCGAAUGGUCACACAGGGACAGCACCAUUGGCUUGCAUUAUUAUUCUUUCCCGCAAGUUGAAAUGAAAAUUAGAGACGUCAGCUUUACGACUUCAGUAGCUGACGGUAGGAUCUCUUAGCUGUGGAAGAAGACUUGUAUCCCACAUUUACCCCUGUAUACGUCUCUCUUUUAUUGUUUAUUUUUCGAAAAUAAUUUUUUUCGAAAAUUUUUGUUUAGACGAAAAAUAAAAUAUGACAGCGUCCUCCAAGGAAUGACUAACGUGGUAGACAAGUGAAUAAAGUGUUUUAAUUGA